AAGCUGGCCGAACAAAAUGGGUGAGCGCACUUUAGCAGCCACCCAAGGGGUAGUUGUUUGUUAAGAUGCGCGCUUGUUCUUGGGAACUUUCUUUUUUAAGAACAGUACACCGGUGAUUUAGAGAGAGACUGAAAUUAGAAAGCCCGAGAGAGCUCAUAUGAAAAACAAGGGACCGAGCAUAAGAGGAGAGAGAAAGCAGAAGGAGACAGUGCUGUUGAAGGUGCAGCUUUUUGGAGUAUUGUGUCGGACUUGGUGUCAUCGAUAUGUAACUAUAUAUUUUCUGUAGUGUGAGAAAGAGAAAAGGAAGGAUACGGUGAUCGGCGGAGGAAGAUCUCCCCCUCUAUAUCUCUAUAUGUAUCCUGCUUUCUUGUCAUUUAUACCAGCUUUUGGGUUGGAGAGAAGAGAAUCAAGAAAGCUUGGUUUCGCAGGUCACAAAUUCUCAAAGAAUUGAAAUGGAGACCAAUAUGAGCUUUUCACAGGACAUGGAUGAUGAGUAUGAGAAACUUAUUCGAAGAAUGAACCCACCAAGGGUUGUAAUUGAUAAUGAAGCCUGCAAGAAUGCUAGUGUGAUACGGGUGGACAGCGCAAACAAACAUGGAAUACUUCUCGAAGUUGUACAAGUCCUUAUUGAUCUUAACCUUAUUAUAACUAAAGCUUAUAUAUCUUCUGAUGGUGGAUGGUUCAUGGAUGUCUUUAAUGUUACUGAUCAAGAUGGAAACAAGAUUACAGAUGAAGAGAUUUUAGAUUAUAUCCAAAAGUCACUGGGUUCGGAUGCAUGCUUCAUAUCUUCAAUGAGAAGAUCUGUUGGUGUUAUACCUUCCACAGACCACACUUCAAUUGAGUUGACUGGAAGUGACAGGCCAGGACUACUUUCAGAGGUGAGUGCUGUCCUAACCCACCUAAAAUGCAGUGUGGUGAAUGCUGAGGUUUGGACCCACAACACCCGGGCUGCAGCCGUGAUGCACGUAACGGAUGAGGAAACUGGCUGUGCUAUUACUGACCCUGAAAGACUCUCUAAGGUCAAGCAACUUCUGUGCAAUGUACUUAAGGGCAGCAAUAAAUCAAGGGAAGCUAAGACUGUGGUCUCUCAUGGGGUCACCCACACUGAGAGGAGGCUUCACCAGAUGAUGUUUGCUGAUCGGGACUAUGAAAGAAUCUAUAAUGAUGGCUCAGAUGAGGCCCAAAGACCAAAUGUGAAUGUUGUUAAUUGGUAUGACAAAGAUUAUUCGGUGGUCACUAUCAGGAGUAAGGAUCGGCCAAAGCUUCUCUUUGAUACUGUUUGCACUUUGACUGACAUGCAAUAUGUGGUUUUCCAUGCAAAUGUUGAUGCUGAGGGGCCUGAAGCUUAUCAGGAAUACUAUAUCAGGCAUAUAGAUGGGUCUCCUGUGAAAUCAGAUGCGGAGAGACAGAGAGUGAUUCAAUGUCUUGAAGCAGCCAUUGAGAGAAGAGUAUCUGAGGGAUUGAAGCUUCAAUUGUGCACUACGGACAGAGUUGGGCUGCUAUCUGAUGUCACUCGCAUCUUCCGUGAGAAUAGCCUCUCAGUCACCAGGGCUGAAGUUACAACUAGAGCAGGCAAAGCUGUUAAUACAUUCCAUGUUCGUGAUGCAUCCGGUUAUCCUGUUGAUGCUAAGACUAUUGAUUCCAUCCGGGAAGCAAUUGGCCAGACUAUCCUCCAAGUGAAAGGCAGCCCUGAAGAGAUAAAACAAAUUCCUCAAGAAUCUCCAACCAGAUUCCUCUUUGGGGGUCUCUUCAGGUCCAGAUAAUAUUGUAAUUUUGGAUUGUUCAAGUCAUAGUCUUCAAAGAAAUUUAUUAUAGCUCCCUCUCCAAUGAACGUUGAGACCCCGCAGCUGCAAGCUCCAGCACGAAUCUAGGCCCUUUUAGCGAGUUUAAAAUCAUGCCUCAAAAGAAGAGGAUCACAUAAUGAAAGUGCCUGUAAAUUUGUGCCACUAGCUCACCCUAGCUUAUUUUAAAGAGUGAAUCCUACCUUUGUACAUAGUAAUCAUGCAGUUUCAUCAAAUUCUUUUGCUAUCAUCAUAUCUCCUACACUAUUUUUCGUUAUA